UCCCCGGCUCAGGUCACAUCUGCACAGCGCAGCCGGGGAGGGGAGGAGCCCUCCAGCGCGGCACCCCAGCUCUAGGCAGCUUGGCCCGCCCUGAGGGGCGUGGGAGGGCGGGGCCGCGGACUUCGGACUCCAGCCCCCUUCGCUCUUCUUUCCCUGACGCCCUGAGCCAUCCCCGGCGGUGAGGGAGCCAUGUCCACGCUACUGGGGCUCCGGCCCGAGGUGCAGGACACCUGCAUCUCGUUGGGGCUUAUGCUGUUGGUCGUGCUGUUAAUGGGGCUGGCUCGCGUGAUCGCCCGGCAACAGCUGCACAGGCCCACGGCCCACGCCUUCGUCCUGGAGUUUCUAGCCACCUUCCAGCUCUGCUACUGCACCCACGAGCUCCAACUGCUGAGCGAGCAGGACCCUGCGCACCCCACUUGGACGCUGACACUGAUCUACUUCUUUUCCUUGGUGCAUGGCCUGACCCUGGUGGGCACAGCUAGCAACCCUUGCGGCGUGAUGAUGCAGAUGAUUCUGGGGGGUAUGUCCCCCGAGACCGGUGCCAUGAGGUUGUUGGCUCAGCUGGUUAGCGCCCUGUGUAGCAGGUACUGCAUAAGCGCCCUGUGGAGCCUGAGUCUGACCAAGUACCACUUCAACGAGAGGAGCUUAGCUUGCAAGAAUCCCAUCCACACCGACAUGUCCAAAGCGAUCAUCACAGAGGCCAUCUGCUCCUUUAUUUUCCACAGCGCUCUGCUGCACUUCCAGGAGGUCCGCACCAAGCUUCGCAUCCACCUGCUGGCUGCACUCAUCACCUUUUUGGCCUAUGCAGGUGUAUUGUUGAUGAUCCUGACGUUCAGUUUUUUCCUUCCAUGGCUGCAUAACAACCAAAUGACCAAUAAAAAGGAGUAACUACCCCCUAAAGACUCAAACUAAGUCACAGGACAGCCAAGCUGUACGUGACAGAUCCGAUCACCUUUCAAACUCUGGCUGCACUGCACUGUUUCGACUUCCUCUGUGGAAGGUGUCUUACUGUUUUCACUACCUGGACUUAAAAUUACUGUGAAAAUGAGGUAGCCUGUAUUUCUCAGUUAAGACUUGUCCUUCUGAGUGAUGGUACUUAAUGCUGCUAGAAAAGCCUCAUUCAUUAAACUGCUAUAAGUCCCAAGUGAUUAUUAACUGUGAUGGAAACCAAGUGAGUACAAAGUUAAUUGGGGGAGGGCCACUGGUUGGGCAGGACCAAAGAAGUUCUGCAUAAGAAACGUCAGAGUUAAACUGUCUCACUUAAGGCUCAAGAAGGUGCUUUCCAGCCACAACU